CACUAAUUCGCUUUUUGUUAAAUCUCAUUCGCGCACGUUGUUUUUCGGUUUGAUUAAAUAUUAAAAUGAGUAAAACAGAUAUUGAAGAAGCCUCGAAAGAUAAAUUGCGCGAGAUGCACUGCAAAUUUAAUGCGCUCUCCCGCUGUGAUGGUUCUGUCAUGUAUAGCCAAGGCGCCACAGUAGUCAUAGCCGCUGUGCUGGGCCCGAUUGAGGUGAAGACACAAAACCUAAGCAUUGAAGGCAGUUACUUGGAGUGCAAUUAUCGUCCUAAAGCCGGUUUGCCACAGGUAAAGGAGCGCAUACGUGAGGCGGCCAUACGAGAUGUCUUGGAACUGGCCCUGCUGAGUGAAGCAUAUCCGCGUGCAAAAAUGUCAGUGCAGGUGCAGGAGUUAGAGGAUCGUGGCAGCAUAGAUGCGUGCGCCUUGAAUGCAGCCUGUUUAGCCAUGCUCAUUGGCGGCCUGCCCUUAAAGUACAGCUUUGCGGCAGUACACUGCAUAAUCAAUGAACAGGGUGAAUUUGUGCUGGACCCAGAUCAGAACGAGACCCUGCAUCAGCAAGCUAGCUUCACAUUUGCCUUCGACUCUGUGGAUGGGAAUCUUCUGUUGGUGCAAACGAAAGGCGCCUUCAAGAUUGCUCAGUUCAAUGAUAUUGAAUGUAUUUGCCGCGCGGCCAGUGCUGAAAUCUUCGAGUUCUAUCGUAGAAAUAUAGCCAAAUAUCAUGGCAGUAGUGCUGAGCAAGCCGCGGCGACAAAAGAAGGCAGCAAUGGCGAUCCCCCAAUGGAAACGUGACGUACAGUAAAUAAGUGUGAUUAAAUCUGGAAAACCA